CUAUUUUUAUGAGCAUAUGAUAGCACUUUGAUACAAAAUUACUUGUUUUGCUGUAUCCCUUGGUAUUUAGGGCCAGGCUCCAAACCACCCGAGGUCAAUGGAAAGACUGCCACUAACCUCAGCAGCCACUGGCCCAGACCCAUCAUCAGGCACUUUCUUUCUUGGUUUGCAUCCAUUUUGCAUGCAGCAAAAACGGAGAAAAGAAAAAACCACCCUCACAUGUCAGAUCUAUCUGCAAAGCCAUGGAAAGUAUCAGGGGAUGAUACCGCAUUUGAAAACUUUAUAGGUUAAAAUCUACAGCGUCAUCUAGACUCCUAUUCUUCUGCAGCGCCUGAAAUUUCCACCCACUUUGGUUGUUUUUAAGAACAGCUAGUAUCUCCAGGCAAUCAGGCUGGGAUUAUUAUAAUUGUUGUUCGUGUGUGUGGAGUGACUGACGCAGAUGUUUUUACAAUGGAUGCUUUAUAAAAUGACAAAAUACUUUCAAACUAAGUAGGCAGCAUCGUUUGCAUGAAGGACAGCUUCCCAAGCACCCACUAUCAAUCUUCCCCUUCAGAAGCCUGCUGUGUGUAUGCCCCACUCCUCCCAAAAGGCGUCAGCGAGCCGCGAAAACACCAUUUCUCACACACAGGGCCACAGUAGAUUUUGAAAACCUGAAACAAGGCCCGGCGCAGGGCUCUGAGCUGACCAACCCCAGCACCCGCAUUGCCAGAAGAGCUGCUUUGCAGACAGCACGCUCCCCAGUCACUUAUCCUGCAUGCUUCAGUGCCACAGCGCCAGCGACCAUGAGCAGCAUGGCGCUCCCACCUCGCGUUGUGGCCUGGCAGCCUUGCCUGUGGGCCUGCAGAGCAAGGGUGAAGGCUGGACGGGCCAGGCUGAUGCCCACGCCCCUGCCCUGCAGGGUGGUGGCGGGAGGGCGUGGGGCAGCCUGUGGCACGGUGUUGUGCCCACAGCACGGUGUCGGGCCUGUGGGUCGGUGUCGGGCCUGUGGCCUGCCACCUCACAUGCUCCAAAGCCCAGGGGCUGCCUGCAGCAAAGGCCUGAGCUGAACGCCAUGUUGCAGUAGGCCAUGAGCCUUCUCUGCCAGGCUUCCGGCCGGCACAGAGGAGGGCAAAGGGGGAUGGCCAGGGUCACAGCAGGAGUGCGGCGGGGGGGGGGGGGAGGGCUCUGCUAGGCUCCCGGGCGUGCAGGCCGCAGCCCCGCGAUGCCGGCCCUGCCAUAGCGGCACACCGCCCCUCCCCGCCCGGUCCCGCCCUCACGCCCUUCCUGCCGCUAGCCCCAUUGGCUGGCGGGGCGCGAUUGGCUGCCGGGUGGGCCAAUGGAGGCUGCCGCUGGGCGGGGCGAGCGGCGAGGACACGCCAGACGUUGGGCGCGAGGCACGCACGUGCUGCGCGGCAGGGGACCACGAGUGGCCGACCCUCCUCGGCAGACCCUCCUCGGCGGCAGGGUGCCCAUGGGCUCUCCAUCAGCCACCCCGAGGCUGCUCUACCGCAGCACCCGCCUGCUCCGCAAAGCCUUCCAGCAGCUCCACCAGCAGCAGCAGCGAGGGGAUGUUUUCUGCGAUGCAGUCCUGCAGGCUGAAGGCGAGGCAGUGGUGGCCCACUGCUGCGUCCUCUCCGUCUGCAGCCCCUUCUUCAUGGAGCAGCUGGCCAGAAGCUGCCCCCCCCAGGGUUGCAGGGUGGUGCUGGAGCUGGGGGGGCUGAAGAUCGGGGCACUGCGCAAGCUGGUGCACUUCCUCUACACCGCUGAGCUGGAGGCCACACAGGAGGAGGUGCAGGAGGUGCUGGCAGCUGCCCGCCACCUUCGUGUCACUGAGCUCGAGUCCCUGGAGCUCCGGGAGGGACGCCUGGUCAGGCUGGGACCCCAGCGGCAGCUCAAUCGCUCCUGCCUGCGCGCCCCCCAGCAUGUCUCCCCCGUGACAGUGGGUCACAGGGCUGAGCCCAGGGUCAAUGCCGUCCCCCCGUGUGAGGGGCCACGCACUCAGGGGACCGUGCAGCCCAGCUCCGUGGGGCGGAUGAAACUGCGAAAGGUGGAGAGCUGGGGGUGCUGGGAGGUGGUGCAGGAGAGGCAGCCCCCCACCGUGCCCAGCACGGUGGCAGUGAGUGACAAGGGGCUGACGGAACCGCAGCCACCCCUGCACGCAGGUGCACUGGGGCAAGCAGGUGGGCACUCUCCCCCACGGCGGGCCUGGAGGAAGCAGGGCCAGGUGCCUCCCCCACCCCAGCAGGGCUGCAGGCAAGCGGUGCCUCUGGGGGACCCCCUGGGGGACUCCGAUGAGGAGGAGGUGGAUGUAGGGACAGUGGAGCCAUGCCUGCCCCCCAGCACUGUCUGUGUCUGGCCCUGUCCCUCAUCCGAGUCAGAUGAGGAGGUGGAUGUCCUCACCUAGGGGGGGGCUGGUGCUGCUGCCUGCCCUCAGGGCAAUGUGGCAGAGCUGCCCUCACCCCAGGCCCAGAGGCUGCAGCAGCCCCGGGCUACAUGGCGUUGAAAUAAAGUGUUAGCACUGGUGGA